AUGACACAAGAGAUUUAUGAAACAAAUGAUGAUUUUAUGGAUGAAAUUGAGCAAAAACAUUCUCGACUGUAUCAAGUUUUAAACAAGGCACAACGUAUCCUUAACGAAUCUAAGUCUUUUCAUAACCAGCAAAGAUUUCUUGAAAACAUGGAAUCCAAACUAGUCCCGCUUGAGACAUUUGUUGAAGACAUUUUGAAGCACGAAAAAAGGCAUACAUUGCCACGAACUUGGAAGGAUAAUAAUAAAAAUACGCAGUAUUAUGGAUAA